GCUAGGGCCAAAGCGAUAGCAAUAUCGCUCCACGGUGACGAAGGAACGGGCAAACGCAACAAGAGUAUCAUGAUACUGUCCUGGAGCCCUCUUGCUGUUCACGAUGUCUCCAUGCUCACAAAGUACCCGUACGUGAUCAAGAGCGAAUUCUUCCACUAUUCGUCGUGCGGAAAUCGCAACAUCACUCUGCAGAAUCUCCAAGAGCAUCUGGCAUCCUCUUUGAACAAGGCCAACAAGCCAGGGCAAGUCUCCACAGAUGGGUGGAGCAUCCACCUUGUGCUUGGGAAGGGCGACUGGAAAUUCAAACGUGAGUGGCUGGAGCAAUCGAGGCAUUACAGUCUGGGAGACAAGAUCUGCCCGCGUUGCUACGCUUCAGCUCUGGACGGCUCCGCAAAGCCAUGGUUGGACGUCGAAGAGGCGUUCAACACUCUUGCUGACAUCGAGAGUGCGAAAGACACACGAGUUGGACAGGAGAUAUGGUUACGGACAGUGGAUGGGUGGAGCCCUGCGUGCGAAACGGCUGAUCUUCUGCACUCCCUCUGGUUGGGGACUGCGCGCGACUGCGUAGGAAGCAUGCUUCUAGACUUGGCAGAGUACUGGGCCCGAUGCAAUAUAUUCACAACGUGGGAUGAAAGGCUACAAGUCAUCUUGCAUGAUUUCCAGGAGUGGUGCCGUAAAGUCGGCGCGAGACCUUCAACUGUGGAGGAGAUGAGCAACCCGGAAGGACAUAGUGAACGUUGUUAUUUGUUUUUUAAUUCCGCUGUGUGA